AUGUCUUCUGGAAAGGAAGGAGAACAAUCUAGUGACCGCUUGUCGGAGCAAGGCAAUCUCAGUGGCCAAACAUCACCCGGUAGUAGUAGUCGACUUCCCACGACCCGAAAGUUUGUUCCAGUUAACGGUACAGGAAGCCCUCCUUUGUCGUCUACUUUCGAGUCCAGCUUGCACACAUCGCGUAAUUUGCGAUACUUAAGUCCGUCAGUACUGGAACGAGGGUUCCUUCAACCUAUAUAUUUCCAGCGCAAGCGAACAUUUGUCCAUGACCAGCGCCCUGCAUCUGUGAUGGACGUCUAUUUAAACCGCGACAAUCCUAAGCGGUCAAGGAGAGAACAGUUUACGACUAGCAUGCUUGAUGAAGAACUUCAUCCUCUGUUUGACAUGGACAAAAAUGGGUCCAAUGCAAGUAGCUCAUUUUCGAAAUCAGUAAGGAAGGAUAUCGGAGCGGAUGUAUCGGCAAAGACAAUGAAACCUCAUGUGCCUUCCUUGAAAGGAAGCGAUGGAAAGACCAUCAGCGCGAACGUGUUCAACGCCACUCAGUUAAUUGAUGAGGAAAUGGUAGACGCCUCCGAGGAUAGGACGAAUGACAUCCCUUUGUUUGCACCUCCUAUAAAGGCGGCGCCAACUGCGGGGUUUCUGGAUGACAUGGUUUUCUCCUUCGGCGCUCCCGUUGAACGCUUGCCUGGACAAAACGCUGCUGUUGGGACGUCGACCGAGUGUGACAGAAGUGGUUCGGAAGGAUCUGAUAGCAGUGAUGAUGAUUCGGAUAAUGAGCAGAGCAGCUCUACAUCUGAUGCUGAAGAAACAAAUGAACAAGAAAAGGAGACGAAGGCUUCCCGUCCACCGACUGCUGCUGACAGCGAAACAUCUGGUGCAAUUUCCUCGAAUGUUACUCCAACAUCAUCAAAAGAUGUUUCGCCACAAACCAAGACUGAAACUUCUUGGAGUUGCCCAGAUUGCUUCAUCACAAAUAAGAAUGUCAAUAUUUGUGCCGCCUGUGGACACAACAAAGAUGCUUCGACCACUUCCAAAACGCUCGUGUCCAACAUAGCGACAUUCGGAAAACCUGCUGCUGGUGGUUUUCGAUUCGGAUUAGCUCCUGAGGGAGUCAAAGACAGUAGCGCACCAUCAAGCACCACAUUGGCAGUAUCAAAGGAAACUGCUCUGGGAAGUAAUGGUACUUCGAAACCUGCCCCGAAUGCGACUUCUGAACCCAAGCAGGACUCUUGCAAGCCUUCCACGGCUGGUGAUUCCACUACCGCCGCAGCAACACCUAAUGCAAGUGGAUCGGAUAAGAAACGCGUAGCAUGGGAGUGUCCGGAUUGUAUGGUUCAAAACAAGUCUGAUGACAAGUGUGUGUGCUGUGGUCAUGUGAUGUACAAAUCUGAAGGAGGUUCAUCAAAUGCAACUGCGAGCGUCUUUGGUGAUCGUGCCUUCAAAGCGGCACCUCUUCCUUCCACAGGAGUCUCGUUCGGCUUUGGUACAUCAAACAGCGCUUCCGGUGCAUCUGGAGGCAUAAAAUUCGGUCUCGGCACUAGUGAGAAGCAGACAAUUGCCAAUUCGGAACCAGCAGCUACUGUGAAUCACUAA